AUGAUUCGAUCAUCCGAUCAACAUCUCUCCACAAACUUUUUCUUAGCCACCAUGCCCUACGAACUCUUCUGCAUCGGAAAUCCCCUGCUGGACAUGCAGGUCACCAAGGGCGAGGCCCUCCUUGCCAAGUACGAGCUCAAAGCCAACGACGCGAUCCUCGCUGAGGAAAAGCACGAGCCAAUGCAAGUCGACCACGCAUACGCCGAGAUUGUGAAGGACUACCAGAUCACUUAUGUCGCUGGCGGGGCUUCUCAGAACGCGGCGCGUGGGGCAGCGUAUGUCCUACCGCCUGACUCCGUCGUAUACACCGGUGCGGUUGGCGACGAUGAGCUCGCUGAGCAACUCAAAGCGGCAAACAAACGGGAGGGUCUGCGGGAGGUCUACUAUGUGCUGCCUGGCGAGAAGACAGGUGCUUGCGCGGUCGUUAUCACGGGUCACCAUCGGUCUCUGGUCACCAACUUGAGGGCGGCGGAAAAGUUCAAUAUCGCUCAUUUGAAGUCAGAACUCGUCGCGCCAUUGAUUGAAAACGCGAAAGUGUUCUACGUCGAGGGAUACUUCCUCACACAUGGCACAGAAAGCAUUGUCUAUCUCAGCCAAAAGGCCUCUGCAGCAUCCAAGGCCCGCUCUUUUCACAAACUUCCCAACUCGGAACUAACUUUUUUCAAGGUCUUCGCGAUCAACUUCUCUGCGCCAUUCAUUGCCCAAUUCUUUGGCUCCCAGCUCCAGCAAAUCAUCCCCUUCUGCGAUAUCGUCAUUGGAAACGAAGCAGAGGCUGAAGCUUGGGCCGCCGCAAACGGUCUCGCUGAACCAAAAGACAUGCCUGCCGUUGCCAAAGCCAUUGCCCUCCUCCCCAAAAGCAACGCAUCACGACCGCGCAUUGUCGUCAUCACUCAAGGCGCUGAAUCGACCGUCCUGGUCUCCUCCGCUGAACCAGAAAACCCUAAAAUCUACGGUGUCAAUGCACUUACCGACGACCAAAUCGUCGACACGAAUGGCGCGGGCGACGCGUUUGCUGGUGGUUUCCUCGGUGCUUAUGUCGCUGGAAAGACACUCGACGAAUGUGUUGAGGCUGGCCACAAGCUCGGCGGGAUGUGUGUGCAACUGGUCGGACCGCAAUAUAAGUGGCCCAAAGUCAACGUUUUGUAG